UGAACAGAAGCGUCUGCAUGAUGAGCCGAACACAAAACAGUGAAGAAGGUGAAAACCCAAGCAGAACCUCCAAGCUGCCAGCAGGGGGAGUAGUUCUGCUGGUUCUGGUCGGUCUGCUGGCUGCUGCUGUUUUUGUCAUCUUCAGACUCUCGUUUGUCAUGCUGGAGACCAGAGAAAGCUUCCAAACCCUGAAAGAGGAGAUUGAAGCUCUGGGGAAAAAUAUCUCAGAGCUAAUGUCGACUCAGCAGUCAUCAUGUCCUCCACCUCCUGAAGCAAAAAAUGAAUGUCUGAAGAAAAGACCAGAAUGGGAGAAAUAUCAAGGAAGCCUUUAUUAUUUCUCCAGCCAGAUGUCUUCUUGGAAUAAGAGCAGACGUUCCUGCACUGAUCUGGGAUCAGACCUGGUGAAGAUCGACAGCAGAGAGGAGCAGGUGUUCCUGGAGAGCAGACUGAGAGACUUGAUGGAGAACCAAUAUGACAAGUUCUGGAUCGGACUGACGGACUCAGAGGAAGAAGGGAAAUGGCUCUGGGUGGACGGAUCUCCUCUGAAUAAAAGUUUAAGUUUUUGGAUGUCCUGGGAGCCUGAUGACUGGAAGGUGACGUAUUCAGCUGGAGAGGACUGUGCAGCGUUUGGGAUCAAAGAAGUAGCUGAUGAUCUGAUACGUUGGUUUGAUCAGUUCUGUGGUCUUCCUCGGAGAAGCAUCUGUGAGAAACCAGCGGAGAGGCUCAGUGACACGCAGCAUUAGAUGCAGCUGGAAUCAUUUAUAAAAUCUCUUCAAAAUAUGUUUUUUUAGAACAAACCCUUCUGACCUUUCAGAAUCUAAUCUGAUCUUUAUUCUUCCUCAUCAUCAGCUCCUAAAACAACAUGGCCGAAUAAAACAGAAACAAUU